GAAGGAUUUCAUCAGCAUGAUAGACUGUCAAAUGGCAAGGAACCAGUUUGUGGAGAUGUGUCAGGCUGUACUUAAAGUUGUGAGCUCCAGCUCCAUGAAUGUUAUCCUGCCAGUUUUUGCACAUACACGUAUGGAGAGAGAUUUGGAGUACUCCUCAAAUACAUGCCCAAGGUGUAAGAGUGCAGGUUCUUCCACUUCAGCUCAGAUGUCUGGACGUCCUGCAAGCCAGGGGAGGAUGCUCCGUAUGAAAGGUUCCCUUGCAGCAUUGUGGAGGACUAUGAUGGCAUGGCGUCUUUCCCGUGCCUCAUCAGUUGCUACCACUGCUCUGCAUUCCUCUAUGGCUGACCAUCCUGCCAACAGUGCCACGCACAAGGCCUCUGACCUGUCUGAAGUCGAUUCAGUGGCGCAGCAUGGAGGUCAAUGUUGUGACCCAGCAAGCAUUAAGGGGGUGGUGGACAGAGUGCUGUCAAGUGAAGGUCUUGACGGCAUGGCCAGACACCUGGUUGAUGAGAUGCAGGGUAUCCUGCAGCACAGUAUCCCAUUUGUGACACCAACGGCUUCUGGCAGAAGUACCCCGAUAUCUCAGCCUCCUCAGAUGGUGUACUCAUAUGCAGAAGGAGCUAUGGCCGAUUUGCUCAAGCCAUUCUUACCAUUUCUGGUGGGUCACAGCGCUCCUUUGGAUGGACCAGGUGUGAGACGGGCAGACUCCCCUACCACUGAUGGAGAAGAUGAAGUCCCAGUCGAUUCGAUGGCACAGCAUGGAGGCCAAUGUCGUGACCCAGCAAGCAUUAAGGGGAUGGUGGACAGAGUGCUGGCAAGUGAAGGUCUUGACGGCAUGGCCAGACACCUGGUUGAUGAGAUGCAGGGUAUCCAGCAGCAGAGUAGCCCAUUCGUGACACCAUCGGCGUCUGGCAGAAGCACCCCGAUAUCUCAGAUUCCUCAGAUGGUGUACUCACAUGCAGAAGCAGCUAUGGAGGAGUUGCUCAAGCCAUUACUACCAUUUCUGGUGGCUCAUAGCGCUCCUUUGGAUGGACCAGGUUUGAGACGGGCAGACUCCCCUGCCACUGAUGGAGUAGAUGAAGUCCCAGCCACAGCCACAGCAGAGAACAUGGAUACAGCAUCUUCUCACAGCAAGGACCAAAUCACUAGAGCUGCCAGCUGUGAGCCGGGUGUGACACAGCAGGACUGCAGGCGCCGGAGCAUGAUCAGUUUCUUCACCAACUUGAUGGUCCACGAGCUGAUGAUCAUGCUUCAGAAGGACGCAUCAGCUGCAAAACAGGAAAUGAGCAAUGAUCAGAAGUAUGGAGAUCUUAUUGACAAAGUCCUGUCAACGUUUGGUGGAGCUCCUGGAGCUCUGAAUAUGCAUGAUCACCUAAACAACAUCAAGAUCCAGACCAUUUACAGGAUAAUGGAUGGGUUCCUGCUGAAGGAGUUUGGCUCUGAAGCCAUCCAGCAGAGGGCAGUGAAUCCAGAGGAUGGCGUUGGUAACAUCUUUCUGACUAAGUUGAGAGAACUGUUCAGGAAUAGCGCAGAAGUCACUGAUGUCCCCCCAUCUGCACAGACAGCUUCAUCCUCAAUUGGGCCUGUGCACGCAACUGCAGGUGACAAAAAGCAAAAAGCAGGAAGAUUCUCCAGAUUUCGACUCAAGACUCCAAAGAGACGCAGCACAAAGGUGUCUCCAAUCGCCAACUGUGACAUAGCAGGCAAGCAUGCAGAGACACCGGCGCUGACUGCUGCUGAUGGACCAAAGCCUGGCAAACGUUCCUGGUUUAUCAGGAUGUUCAGCUGCUGCCUCCAAAGCCCAACUCUGGCCUGA